AUGCAUCUUCCUCGGAGCUGCGUCCUCCUCCUCCUCCUCCAGGGCGGCAUCGCGCUGCUGGUGUUCUGCGCUCCGGCGGAUCCCGGCGAGUCGAAGCUGCGGGAGCUGCUGCCCCCAGAGCCCCUCCCGAGCCUGAGCCCCGAGAGCCGGAGCCUCGUGGGGCCGGGCAGCGGCUCCGGGGAGCUCGGGGGAGUCGUGCAGAACCGGGCCGGGCGGGACCUGGGUCCGGCCUCGGGCAGGCUGCAGAAGCUUUUCGGCUGGGGAGAUUUCUACUCCAACAUCAAGACGGUGAAGCUGAACCUGCUGAUCACGGGCAAGGUCGUGGAUCACGGCAACGGCACCGUCAGCGUCUUCUUCCAGCACAACUCCACGGGCCACGGCAACAUCUCCGUGAGCCUCGUGCCCCCCACCAAAGCCGUGGAAUUCCACCUGGAGCAGCAAAUCUUCAUCGAGGCCAAGGAGUCCAAGGUGUUCAACUGCCGCGUGGAGUCGGAGCAGGUGGCCCGGGCCAGGAAAACCUCGCUGUGCACCUUCGACCCGGCCAAGACGUGCUCGCAGGAGCACACGCAGAGCCGGGCGGCCUGGCUGUGCUCGCAGCCCUUCCGCGCCGUGUGCGUGUACAUCACCUUCUACAGCAGCGACUAUCGCCUGGUGCAGAAGGUGUGUCCUGACUUCCACACCCACAGCCGCCGGCCCUACUUCCCCUCGGGAUGA